ACAGGCUGUGACUUAGUGAGGCGGAGUUAAAGAGAUAGUUUAGUUUAUAUUGGUACUAAAAUAAGGUCACGACCUCUUUAUACGUGUUGAAUAGUUUCUCAAGUCAGGACCCUUUUUACUUUCAUUUUUACCUUACAUUUAGUGAGAAGUGUGUCUAUCAUCUCUACCUUUUCUAGUUCAACUGACCAACAAAGUGACCUAACAGUGUGUCGUUAGCUUUGGUUCAUCUUUAAUUUUUCCCUUUCAAGCUCCCAUCACUUCUGAAAUGGGUGCACCGAAAGACCUUACCGUGUGUAGCAAUAAUUCAGUAAAAAUAUCGGUUCCGUGGCAAUCACCAUCAGCAACACUUCGUCAGCAUCUAUCUUCGGCAUCAUGCAAUCAACACCACAGUAUUUCUUCAGCAACAAGUGGACUUAUUAUCCGUGGUUUAGGUUAUUUAACACAAAAAAAGGAGGAAAUUCUUCGAGACAUCAACAUGACUGUUCCAAAGGGAACCAUUUACGGUCUAUUAGGACCCAGUGGAUGUGGUAAAACAACUUUACUUCGAUGUGUCGUUGGAUGUCUUCGGCCUCAAUAUGGUCAAAUCAUGAUUUUUGGUAAACAACCAGGUCGUGAAACUUCUCAAAUACCAGGCCCUGGAGUAGGGUAUAUGCCUCAAGAAAACACAUUGUACGAGAAUAUGACCAUUGAAGAAGUUCUCAUCUAUUAUGGUCGAGUAUUUUUUCUCUCAAUCGAAGAAUUAUAUGAGAGAAUCAAAGGGUUAAUGGAAGUACUUGAGCUUCCUGAUAAAGGUCGUAUGAUUAAAAAGUUAAGUGGAGGACAAAAAAGACGUGUUUCUUUCGCCAUAGCCCUCAUCCAUCGACCAGGUUUACUUAUAUUAGAUGAGCCAACUUCUGGAGUUGAUCCGUUGCUGAGAGAAAAACUUUGGCAGCAUUUAAUGUUUAUCUCAAAAAAUCAAGGUUCUACAAUUAUUAUAACUACUCAUUACAUCGAAGAGGCUCGGCGGUCUCAUAAUGUUGGUUUCAUGAGACAAGGAAGACUUUUAAUGCAACAAGAUCCUGAUCGACUUUUAGCUGACCGUGGAGUUGAUACAUUGGAAGAUGCUUUCCUUGAUAUUUGUAGAAACCAAGGUAGAAUCAGCUGUGUUCCUGAACAAGAAAAAAUAGAGUACAAGGGAAAUGUUCCAACAGCCACUUUCAUCACCGAUCCUGUUUUAAUCAAGAAACGCCUCCGUGAAUGGUUUUUCAUCUUUUUUGGUGCCCUUUGGCGACAUUUGGUCAGUGAUAUUAGAGAACCCUUAACAAUCGGAUUUCAAUACGUUAUACCUAUUUUGUCCAUGUUACUUUUUGCUCUCUGUAUUGGAGGUCAGCCAUUUGAUAUCCCACUCGGUAUCGUUAAUGAAGAAGGUGGUUCAGAAGAUUUAGGUCAACAAUUUAUCAAUGCACUGGAUCCACAUUUGUUCAACGUUAUGAACUAUUCAGAUCUGAGUGAGGCGGCUGAAGCAGCUAAAGUGCGUGAUAUUUGGGGUUAUCUUCAUAUUCGUAAAGGUUUCUCUGAUUCGCUUUUAGAUAUUUUAUUUUCUGAAUCAGAGCCGGAUUUUUUGUCAAUCAACCAGAGUCACAUUCGUCUUCACGCUGAUCUUACAGAUCGAGUCAUAACAACAACAAUGCAUCGUUAUUUAGAUGAAACUUUUAUCAAUUUUGUUCAACGGGUAAUCCAGGGUGAUGAAAAUUCUGAUGUGCCAAUGCCUCAAUUUAUAGCUAAUCUACCAAUCAAAAUGGGUUCACCUGUCUAUGGAAGAAUAGAAAAGAAAAGUUACCGUGGUUACCGAGAUUUCAUGUUGCCCGGACUAAUUGUUAAUAUAACCUAUGCCAUUGCCUAUUCCUUGACAGCCCUGAACCUCAUCAAUGAGCGAAAAAAUCAAACCUUCGAAAGAAAUUAUGUGGCCGGUGUAAAGCCCUCGCAAAUGUUGUUGGCGUUCGCCUUAAGUCGAGUAAUCAUGAUGUCACUCUAUCUAUUUCUAAUUAUCUAUUUACCCAUCGCUGUCUUCAAAAUGCCAGUCGAUUGUAUCCAUAUCCUACACUCACUUCCCCUUCUCAUGCUUCUCAACAUGUCUGGAAUGACCUAUGGAAUGGUCAUCUCUGCCCUCUGUGAUUCAAUUGAACAGUGUGCCGUCUUCUCGGCAGCCACACUAUUUAUAAUACUUUUUAUGAGUGGUACAAUAUGGCCAAUGGAAUCGAUACCAGCCUAUUUCCGUUGGCUUUGUGAAUACGCACCAACAACGGCUGCUAAUGAAGCUCUGCGUGAUAUUUGGUAUAAAGAUUGGAGCAUGUUUACACCAAGAGUGGCAACAGCUCAUGGAAUUACAAUUGUCUGGACAUUUGUUUUCUUUUUGAUUGGUUUAAGAUUCUUUAGACUGAGCAAAUGAAGCAAUCAUUUUUAAUAUCAUCAUCAUCUUUCAUCUACAUCUUUACCACCUUUAGUUUUACUGCCCAUUUCUUUCCGUCAUCAACUACAAAAACCACCAUUUUUACAAUCACCUUCCAUUAUAUAUUUUUUUACUAUCAAAUGAAAUGCCAAAGAGAAUAUAAAUCAUUUUUUAUAAUGAAACGCAAAAAACAUCACACACUAAGAAAGAAAUUAAGAAUUUUAUAUAUUUUUUAUAUUUAUGAUUUCAAAAUGAAAAAACCCAUUAAAAUGAGUGACAAAAGUAAUCAUUGAAUUUUGAAUACAAAAAAAUGAAACUUGCUUUGCAACCUUAAU